AUGCCUGACAUGCAGACCUUCUACCAGCCCCGCCACACCAUCCGUCACCCCCCGGGCCUCUUCCUGGACCCCACUCUGAUGCAGCGACGUGUCCUGGAUGAUCAAGUGGAGCUGUGGUGGUUCAGAGAGCCACGCCACUCCCUGUUGUGCUACUGUGCCUCUGUGGCCCUCAUACUGGGGCUUGGCCUCGGCGGCGUGGGCCUCCUGUCCACCACAACCAGCCUAUCCGGGGAGUGGCGUCUCGGCGUGGGCACCACCCUCUGCCUCUUGGCCCUGGCUGUUCUGCUCAAGCAGCUUCUCAGCUCGGCCAUCCAGGACAUGAACUGUGUGCACAGCUGGCGUCGGAUCGACCAGCUGAAGAGCGGCGGCAGGGCCGACCCGGCUCUGAUGUUAGCUGUGGGGCUGGCAGUGAUGCUCUGUGGGACGGUGCUUCUCUGUGUGGCCAAAGUCGGCAGCCAAGGUCACGACGGCAAGGAGAUGUUGGUGUCUAGCCUGGUGCUGAUGGCUGCGGGGGCAGGCAUGUCUUUAGCUGUUGUGGGCUACGGCGUGAUGAUCUUCCUUAAAAGAAGAAGAGAGCAGAGGAGGAGGAUGAUGCUGAGAAUGAGCAGAGCGAGGAGGCUGGGGGGGCAAACUGUCCGGGUGUUCAGUGUCUCAGGAGGACAGAUGAGUCAGGCCACGAGAGAGACAUCCUCCAGCAGGACCAGCCUGAUCUGA